AUGAAAUCAUUCACAGUGGGCAUCACUGCUCACAAUCAUGUCUUCACUCUUCUCAGCUCUGCCACUGCAUCUGAUCUUCAGAUCAGCGGCCAACCCCCUGUCUUUCUCAGGCCAGUCUCUGGCUUUAAGCAGUGCAGUUCUUCUCUUUGCUUGUCUUCUGCAGUUCUGCAGGCCUACAAUCACCUCUCUUCUGUUCAUACAAUCUCUGACCAGGCAUAUGUGAAUAUGCCUAGAUUUUCUAUCAAUGAUUCUCACGCCGCAGCACAUUUCCACAAUCUCAUUGCUAAUGAGAGAUGA